AUGCUUCCUGUCCUAGUGCCCUUCGGAUGGGCUGCGUCUUCGUACCUGUAUUGGGUUCGAGGCAAGCGCUUUGACACGUUAACUGAGAUCCUCGAAGGUCCAGAUCCACAGUCGUCACCAGAGGCAGCGUUUCAAACCUAUGAGAAGACAUGGGAAUACGAGUUUCCCUUCCUAUCAAGAAUGGCCUUCCACUUCGGCAUGCUUCGAGCCUAUGCAAUUCCUUCCAUUGCCCAGGCCAUUUCGUCUAGGCAUGAUAUAAACACGUCAACAGAUUCAGGAAUGGCAAAUGUUGCCCGUCGUUUUGAGGAUACCGAUCUUCUUGUUAAGGAAAUGACGGAGCGUCCACUUACGCACCCUCGAGCGCAGCAAGCGUUGGAACGUGCAACGAGGAUCAGAUCCCUGUAUAGGCUGACAAACGAGGAAUAUUGCUAUGUCCUUUCGGUCUUGGUAGUGGAACCUUGUCGGUUGGUGGAGAAAUGGGGUUAUAGGAGUCUUGCAAAGAAGGAGAAGGAGGCACAUUAUGAAGUGUGGAAAGCAAUUGGUACGCAUAUGGGAAUCCAGAAUAUUCCGCCCAGCUUUCACGACAUGGAGGAGUUCUCUCGGAAAUUUGAAGAGAAGCACAUGGGUGCCCACCCAUCUUCCUCUGCGCUGGCUUCGGCAGCGAUCGAUUUAUUCGUCGAUACCCUGCCUUUCAAAUCCCUGCACUCGAUCAUUCUCCCAAUCGCACGACGAACUGUACACGCCUUGAUGGACCCAGAGUUAAGGCAAGCCCUUAAAAUAUCUGCUCCGCCUUUCCUGCUGUCGUGGGUGGCCGACUUCAUGUUACGCGUUCAUGCUGGCUGUGUAAGAUACCUAUUACUUCCCAGAGAAGAACCGGCGCGUAGAACGCCGGAAAUAGCCGCAGGUCCGACCGGACGUUAUGUACCGGUGACACACGUGUACGGGGACUUUUACGUGCACGGUUAUCGCGUAGAUGAACUGGGCCCCAAAGGGAUGCAGGAGCCGUUUACGGUGAUGAUGGAUAAUGCUGCAGACACAAGUGUACAAGGCAGGAUCCGCAGAGCUUUGUCGCUGCAUACACCAAGACUGUCUGUCCCUGUCAGUCCUGCCAAGCAGCAAAAACCCGUACCGGAUUCCGCAAUAGAAAUGGAUUUAAGUCCUCGCAAAAAAACAGAAAACUCGAUCCUGCGCAGACGAAGUUCCUCCAAUCGACUUAGCGUUAAUGGAGAAGACGAUCUUAGACGUCGACAAACAGUUGAAGACGAUGAUGACGACGGUCCUGUUCUCUUCAGACGAUACACAUGGAAUGAAGGCAUACACGCGCCCGUGCCCCGUAGGCCAGUCGUCCGAGGCUUGUUUGCAGAGUCUGCUGAAGUUGACGCGUGGGCGUCCUUUGGAAGCAAAGACACAUGA